UCUUUUAAUAAUUAAUAUAGAAAGCAUAAGUUUAAUAUAUUGGCCACGCCUACUGCCAUAAACUCCUUCCGCUAAAAUAAUUCGCAAACCGCGUGGAAUCAACAGUUUGCAAAUUGCACAAAUUACAUUUUCGUUCCAUGCUUCUAUUUUUCUUCGUCACAUUCUAUUUUUAAAAAAUCAUAUAUUUUUAAAUGCGCUUUUCAUCUUCUUACAUUAUUAUGUUUAAUCUGAACAUAUGAUACGGUUAAAAUAAAACUUACGUGUGCUUUCAAGUGUCAAAAAAGAUUUUUCAUACGUGAAAUAUUUAAUAUUUAGAUAAAAUGUCUGCGAAACCUUUAUUUAAACCUUUAAAUGCAGAUGACAUCGAACCAGAAAUUACAGAAAUAUCUUCCUUGUGUAUGAAUUGCCAUAAAGAUGGUACUACUCGUUUGCUUCUAACUAAAAUUCCAUUUUAUAAAGAUGUGGUUCUGAUGUCAUUCUCAUGUGAUUAUUGUGGUUUUGAAAAUAAUGAGAUUCAAUCCGCUGGAGAAGUAGCACCGAGAGGAGUUAAAAUUAAAUUAAUGGUAGAAUCGACCAGUGAUCUGAACAGAACUAUUGUCAAAUCAGAUUAUAGUUCUGUUAAAUUUGUUGAAUUGGAUUUUGAAAUUCCUUCUCAAUCUCAAAAAGCAGAAAUCACUACUAUUGAAGGUAUCAUAAACAGAUCUAUAUUGGGACUCAACCAAGACCAAAAUGCAAGACGUCUUGAGCACCCAGAAACGGCCGUACAAAUUGAUGCAUUUAUUCUAUCACUUGAAAAAUUGAAAUUAGUUGAAAACCCAUUCACUUUUAUUCUGGAAGAUAUUUCAGGAAAUUCUCAUAUUGAAAAUCCCAAUGCACCUAAAACUGAUCCAAAAUUAUCAGUGAACUAUUUUGUGAGAAAUGCUGAGCAAAAUCAUGUAUUGGGUGUUUUUACUCAUAAGGAAGUUUCUGAUGACAACAAAGAUAAUAUAUUGAAGCCUAUAGCAGAAGAUGAUUUUAAAUUGGAAGAUUUACAUGGAGAAGUUUUAACAUUCCCUACAAACUGUCCUGAAUGUAAUGCUCCUUGUGAAACAAAUAUGAAAAUGACUAAUAUCCCACAUUUUAAGGAUGUUGUUAUAAUGGCAACUUUAUGUGAAGUUUGUGGACAUCGAACAAAUGAAGUUAAAUCGGGUGGUGGAAUUGAAGAACAUGGCAUGAAACAUACUGUACAAAUUAGAGGUAAAGAAGAUUUUUCUCGAGAUGUUUUAAAGUCUGAAACAUGUAGUGUGGAAGUGCCAGAAUUGGAAUUGGUAAUGGGCUCAGCAGCAUUGAAUGGCAGGUUUACUACUGUUGAAGGAUUACUAAGUGCAAUGAAAAAUCAAAUUGCUAGUAAAGAUUUUAUUUAUGGAGAUUCACAGGACAGUGAAUCAAAAAAUAAAAUGGACAAAUUUUUGGAAGAAUUCCAGCAAGUUCUGGAUGGCAAAAAACAAAUAACUUUAAUACUAGAUGAUCCUGCAGGCAAUAGUUAUGUACAAUCGUUUAAUGAUGAUGGCACACCAGAUGAGCAGUUGAAAGUUACUAAAUAUGAUAGAACAUUUGAACAAAAUGAAGAUCUAGGUUUAAAUGAUAUGAAAACUGAAAAUUAUAGUUAAUGUUUGAUACGUUUUAUAAAUAUUUUUAUUGUAAUUUCAUAAUGAAAUUGAAGAAACUCAG